CGGUGUCCUAUCCGCUAGGGGGCAGUAUAGCGGUGUUCUCAUGUUAAGCCUGCUAACAUUGUGCAGCCGAGGAAGCCAAGAUGGCAGCCACCAUGAAGGGACCUGUGGCAGUUGAAGAUGUGAACGUCACCUUUGAGGAUCAACAGAAGAUCAAUAAGUUCGCCAGGAACACAAACCGGAUGACUGAGCUGAAAAAUGAAAUAGAGGCAAAGAAGAAAUCGCUGCAGAACCUUCAGGAUGCCAGCGAUGACCUGAUGAUGUUCGAUGACGACACUCUGUUGGUGCCUUAUCAAAUCGGGGACGUCUUUAUCAAUCACACCCAGGAGGAAACGCAAGAAAUGCUGGAGGCUGCCAAGGAAGCACUGGAGCUGGAGGUCAAAGGUCUCGAGGGGCGGGUGACAGCGAUACAGGAGUUGUUGGGGGAUCUGAAGAUCCAGCUGUAUGCCAAGUUCGGUAACAACAUUAACCUGGAGGCUGAUGAAAGCUGAGCGCUCACAUGGACUUUGACAGCUUGCACCAGUGUGGACUUUUUGUUCAGUUCUCGUCUCACAUCCUCCGAAUGCUCGCCGGUCGGGGGAAGGACUCGGCCUGAACGGCUUCCAUUUAAAGCUUCUGUCUUCUUUUCGGUCUUCAUCUUUAGUUUUGGUAAACAUAAUCACAAAGUCAACAAAGGUAAAUACUGUGGAUUCAAAUAAAUGCACGUCUUUUCUUACACA